UUCGUAAGACGUCGAGAAGAAGUGAUCUUCCCAUAAGACAAGCUUGGAAAACAAAAGGUUUGAUCCAUCAUGUCCAUCAAGUUGUACGACGCGAGCGGUUUGAGCCGGGAGUUUUCAGAUUCAGAGAAGAACCUGAAAAAGGAUGGUAUUUCCUUCGUAAAAGCCGUUGUUACUUCGGGAACCUGGAUCUUGUACACCUACGCAAACUACAAUGACGCACAAUAUGGUGGUGACCCAACUAACUACAAGGUUCUCAAGCCUGGACCAGAUGUAAAGAUCUCGAGUGUGAAUGGCUCCAUGCUCCUCGUUCCGGGCGAGACAGAAGGAGUCGUUCUCUUCAAGCAUAGCUUCUACGGUGGAACCAACAAGUGGUUUAAAGAAAGUUGCCCAGAUCUGAACCCCUUUUUCCCAAUCGGGAAAGUUGGAGGAGUCUCCUCUGCCAUCGUGUUAUCCAAGAACAUGAAGUUUGAAGCCUUCACCAAAACCAAGUAUCAGGGCUUGCAACAGCAACUGGAGCCAGGCAAAUGGUAUGCAAGUCCAGACGACAUGAGUUUCCCCAACGACCGAAUGGAGAGCCUCCGCACGAUGUGAGAUGACCAAUCUGACCUGGCUCUUCGCUUGCAUUUCGUACCAGCUUCUUUCUUUUCUUUUCGUGUUUUGUUUUGUUCAUUUGUUUUUUUAGUUUUUGGCCUUAUUGUUAUCUUUUGAUUAAGGAAAAGUUAGCAAAAUAAGAUUUUGUCAAUUUAGCUCAGCACUUUAAGUCAUUAGAGAUGAGUGAAAUAAAAGAAGUUUGCUGCAAAAGGUUGGCAUUUUUAUUUUUUAUGAAGAAAGAGCUUUUUUUAGGCGAAAUGGAUGUGAUCUCACCCUAUGGAUGUGUUUAGUAUUGAAUAA